UUCCCCUUCCCGUCAAAGGACCCCCCCGGUGUACACUGAAGCCGGACCUCAAAAAGCUGAUCUCGAUCGCGAUCAAUGGCGGCGAGGAGGAGGGCAGGACGAGAAGAGGUGCUGGAUUCGAUCUACAUCAUUGUGGCGCAGGUGCUCAUCUUGGUGGCAUGCGUGGAGCUUUGCGAUGCCGCCUCCGUCGUCGAUGUCUACCGCCUCAUCCAGUACGAUCUAUCCGGUGCUCCACUUGGUUCCCGUCUUGCUGGCCUCAACCACCACGCUGGUGCUGCUCCCUUUGCGUCUGGUGCCGAUCUUUCGCGUACGGCCGUCAUCAUGCCCAUUCGCGAACUUAAUCUCACCUUCCUGCGAGACUACAUUACAAAUAGGCGGCCGUUGGGGGGCUUGUUACUGUUGCUUCCUCAGAAAAGCAACGAGAAGAUUGUUGGGGAGAUCAAGAAACUUGGCAUCAAUAAUAAGGAAGCUGUAAUGAGAAAUAUAUUGGUUGAGUUGGAACAAUUGCUUAUACAUGCAAACAUUCCAUAUCCAGUAUACUUUGCAUUUGAAGAUGACAAAAUUAAUGCUGCCUUGGCUGAUGUUCGAAAGAGUGAUAUGGCCACUCAACCAGCCACUGCAACCACAGGAGGCUACAAGCUGGUCCUGUCCUCACCUGAACCUAAGAAACUUGUGUCCCCCACUCUGACAAACAUUCAGGGAUGGUUGUCUGGGCUUAAGGGGAAGGCGAUUACUAAUCAGCUGCCAACUAUUGCUAUAGUUGCGUCUUAUGAUACUUUUGGUGCUUCACCGGCUUUGUCAGUGGGAAGUGAUAGUAAUGGAAGUGGGGUUGUGGCUCUUCUAGAGAUAGCAAGGCUUUUCUCCCGCCUUUACUCAAAUCCAAAAACAAGAGGGAAAUAUAAUCUUCUUUUUGGGUUGACAUCAGGUGGUCCUUACAACUAUAAUGGUACUCUUAAGUGGCUAAGGAGCUCUGAUCAACGUUUGCGUGAAAGUAUUGACUAUGCUAUCUGCCUAAAUGGUAUUGGGUCUUGGAACAAUGAGCUGUGGAUGCAUGUGUCCAAACCUCCAGAAAAUGCCUAUGUUAAGCAAGUUUAUGACAGUUUGUCAAGUGUUGCCAAGGAGAUGGGCAUUGCGAUUGGUAUCAAGCACAAAAAAAUCAAUAUCUCAAAUCCACGAGUAGCAUGGGAGCAUGAGCAGUUUUCCAGGUUGAGAGUCACUGCAAUGACCCUUUCUGAGCUAUCUUCUCCUCCUGAAUUUUUAGAAAGUACAGGAGGCCUGUUUGAUACAAGGAGUUUUGUAGAUGAAACUGCAAUCUACAGGAGUGUCAAAUUGGUUGCAGAAAGUCUUGCUUAUAUUAAGAAAAAUUUUUCCUCAGGUUGGUUUACUGAUGGAAUAACAGAGGUUAAUGCAAGCAUCUCACCUCCUGUUCUUACUGUGUCUAGGAUGGCAGAUAUUAAGCAUCUGUACUCUGUUACUAAAAACGAAUCUUAUUUUAAUAAUCUAAAUCAUGAUUUGCUAUUUUAUCCUCAAGUAUCAACAAGCAGCAAGUCUGAUAUGGAAGAGGAUUUGAGUAUUGGCUUAAUUGAUGAACCUGCAAUUAGAGAAGAGGAGUUCAUAGAUCCCAACUAUGAUAUCCCAUAUGGUGAUGAUGAUUAUGAGUAG